AUGAUGUUCAUGCAAGAGGCGAUGGCUGGCGCUCGUAUUCUACGGUUGCAUGAAGAGUUUUCACACGAGGAAGAUGAGGUAAUUGCAAAUAAGGCGUUGGUAUUUCCGUUGCUUUGGGUAUCAGAGAGAGGUUAUUCAUUGCAUCUGGGUCUCUCCCCUUCAUUCAUUGAACCCCCAGAAUUAAUAGAUUUGGGGAGAAAUAAUAAUGCCGAUGUUCAUGCCCAAGGGUUGCUAGAACUUGUCAAGCUCUUUAUUGCAUUUGAUCAAAUCUCGGUUCGACGCAAUUCGCGCCUUGGGAUCACUAUGGCUACGCAUCUGACCGACACCGAGGCGAAGCUUGCCUCGUUAAGCUUUAGCAUGGCUAAUCACGUUUCAACCCGAACAGCAGACUAUCACAUCACAAGGGAAUGGAUGAGGACUAUUCUCUGGCAGGAGGCACUCACCAUGGGCUUGUUGUCUUCUUCGGCAUGCACAUCCGUUUUGGAAUUUGGGUUUCCAGCUCAAGUUAGCCGUGGCUUACUCCAAGCCUUGCGGGGCUUCAGCGAAACAGAUUUACUCCCGUUGGGACGAGACCAGUUACUGAAAUGUUUCGAAGUCGCGAACUCGCUCGCGGACACGGUUCUUUUGUCUCCACACAAAAUAAGCUCUCGGCUUGAACUAGGGCCGCCGGACUUUCUGCAUGCAUUGUAUCAGAAGAUUGUCCCAUUUCUCGAACAGGAUGCUAUGUUGAAUUCAAUCCUUCGUGCUAAAACGGCCGAAGCUCUAGUCGCAGCUCCAGCUCGCUUGCUGACAGCCGGGGAGGAAGAUGCGGGCCUACAGUCGGGCGAAAAUGGACUUCGUCACCAGGCCCAAAUGUCCGGAUACAUACCAAACAGCGAGCUCGACGAACAAAAUCAAUUGACACCAGAUUUCUUGGAUUGGCUAGUACAAUCGGAUCUCCAGAUAAAUCAACAUUAG